ACAAUAGUCAGCUAUACUUCCUUUUUGAGAUGUUCGACUUCCUGUAAAGUUUUGUGAGCCAAGAUGCCACCCAAGAAAGAUUCCAAAGGGUCGUCAUCCAAACAGCCUCAGAAAACCCAGAAGAAGAAAGAAGGAGGCUCUGGCGGAAAGGCUAAGAAGAAGAAAUGGUCGAAAGGAAAGGUUCGUGAUAAGCUGAACAAUCAAGUUCUGUUUGACAAGGCGACAUACGACAAGCUGUUGAAGGAGGUGCCUUCAUACAAGCUCAUCACGCCGUCCGUCGUGAGUGAGAGGCUGAAGGUUCGGGGCUCUCUCGCCCGCAGAGCUCUGGAUGAACUUCUUCAGAACGGGCUCAUCAAGCAAGUGAUCAAGCACCACGCCCAGGUCAUAUACACCAGGACGACCAAGGUGGAUGAUCCACCAGCGUAAUUCUGUUGUAAAGUCUGGUUAAUUAUUAAAGAAUAAAAAUGUAAUAUUUGUAA